AUGUGGAGCGGCGACUCACGUUCACAGAAUGUAGUAAGCACUACAACGGCUGGACCACGUGACGGUUACAAGCCUAACAAUGGGAAUGCUAGAAAUGGAGCUCUCCAGCAGCAGCAGCAACAGCAGAAGCCAGUCAAGCAGCUCGGUUUGACAUCUGCCAUCAGCUUGACUGAGCCCAGUACUGAAGAAUUACUGCAGACAGCUGAAUUACACAAAGCUUUAGAACCAUUUGGCGUCUUCGAAACUCAAGCGGAGCUUAAUCAGCGCAUGCAAAUCUUAGCCAAGCUCAAUACGCUCGUCAAGCAGUGGAUUAAAGAUGUCUCCGUGGCAAAGCAUGUGCCCGAGGCCGCUGCUGAGAAAUUGGGUGGCAAAAUAUACACUUUCGGUUCAUAUCGCCUAGGCGUACAUCAUAGAGGCGCCGAUAUUGAUGCGCUCUGUGUGGCGCCACUUUAUGUCGAACGUGCGGAUUACUUCACCACAUUCUUUGAGUUGCUGAAGCAGCAAGCCGAAGUGACCGAGUGUCGUGCGGUUGAAGAGGCCUUCGUGCCGGUCAUAAAAAUGAAAUUUGACGACAUUGAAAUUGAUUUGUUGUUUGCGAGUCUGUCGCUCAAAGAGAUACCGGACGACUUUAGUUUGAGUGAUAAUAAUUUGCUGCGCAAUCUGGAUCCACGCUCGGUGCGCAGUUUGAAUGGCUGUCGCGUGACCGAUGAAAUACUGGAGCUUGUGCCGAAUAUAGAGAACUUUCGCUUGACGUUGCGAGCGAUCAAGUUGUGGGCGAAAAAACAUGGCAUUUACUCAAAUUCGAUGGGAUACUUUGGUGGCGUGACAUGGGCUAUGUUAGUGGCACGCACCUGUCAGCUUUAUCCGAAUGCGACGGCCGCCACUUUGGUGCAUAAAUUCUUUCUGGUCUUCUCACGUUGGCAGUGGCCACAUCCAGUCUUGCUCAGACAACCCGAAAAUGUGAACUUACGGUUUCCGGUUUGGGACCCACGUGUCAACGCUGCGGAUCGCUAUCAUCUAAUGCCCAUCAUAACACCGGCAUAUCCACAACAAAAUUCCACAUUCAACGUGUUGGAGUCAACUAAAAACGUUAUAGUGAAUGAACUUAAUCGUGGCUUGUCUACAGUCGAUGAAAUCAUGCGCGGCAAUGCUUCAUGGAACCGACUCUUCGAGGCGCCGAGUUUCUUUUACACAUACCGCCACUUUCUGGUGCUUUCAGCCUCCUCAACAACAGCGUCUGAUCAGCUGGAGUGGUGUGGCCUAGUUGAAUCGCGGAUACGCUUAUUGGUUGCUAAUCUAGAACGCAAUGAACACAUUUCGUUGGCGCGUGUGAAUCCGAAAAGUUUCGACUACAAGCAGAAUGGAGAGAAGACGCAGAUUGGAAGCUGUAUUCCAACAGCUUGCCAAACACCAUUCUGCGCGUUGUGGUUUAUCGGCUUGGAAUUCAAAAGCGUUAAGAAUUUGAAUGUGGACCUUACAGCGUGUAUACAAACCUUCACUGACCAGGUCAUGCAACAUGCGGCAAACAUAAAAAUGCUGAAGUAUGGUAUGCAACUUGACACGUGCCACGUGAAGCGUAAGGAUCUCUCGCAGUAUUUGGAUAAGGAUUUCUUGAAGCGCGAACGCAAAGCCAUGGAUCAGCAUAAGAGUUUUGACAAUGCAAUUUCAGCGAAGACCAAACGUUCGUCAUCCGAGUUGUCUUCAGAGGAAGAGGGUGGUACUGCUAAGAAGUCGCGCUCUAGCGGAUCGGAAGAUAGUUCUUAG